UGUCUAAUCAUAAUCCAAUUAAGCAUUUUGGGUUGCUUGAUUCGUUUGAGUAGACUCGUAAAAUGGCUUCUUCGUCUCAUAUGUUUAAGAGUAGAGAUGAGCUAAAGAAAGCAAGGGAACUAGAGCAAGCAAGGAAGGCUGGAACCAUCGAACCUGAGAAAGACGAGCAAGGUCGAGAUAUAAAUCCACACAUUCCUCAAUAUAUUUCCAAGGCACCUUGGUAUUUGGACUCUGGCGUUCCGACCCUUAAACACCAGAGAAAUGAGAAAUUACACCAAACUAGAGGAGACAUUGAUAAGUGGUACGAAAGGGGAAAAAGGUUGGAGACAAAGAAAAGAAAGUUUCAAAAGGGUUGUUGCGAAAAUUGUGGAGCAGGAACUCACAAGACGAAGGACUGCAUGGAAAGACCCCGUAAAGUGGGAGCAAAGUGGACUGGCAAAGACUUACAACCAGAUGAAACCAUUCAAGAUAUUGACUUGAGUUGGGAAGGCAAACACGAUCGUUGGAAUGGUUUCAACCCUGCGGAAUACAAACACAUUAUAGAAUACCACGAAAGCUUAGAGAAAGAGCGACAACGACUAAAGGCUGAACAAAUAGAAAAAGAACUUACACAGAAAACACGAAAGGAGAAGGAUAGCGAUGACGAUGACUUGUCGGAGUUUUCGGAAUCAGACAAUGACGAGGGUUUUAAGCAAAAAGCCAGUGGUGAUGUUAUUAUUCAACAGAAAGAUGAGGGAACACGAGUUACGGUUCGUAACCUUCGUAUAAGAGAAGACACUGCAAAAUAUCUUAGGAACUUGGACGUAAAUUCUGCCUAUUAUGACCCCAAGUCUCGCUCAAUGAGAGCAGAUCCUCUUCCACAUAUCGACCCAGAUGAUAAAGAUUUUGCCGGUGAUAAUUUUAUUCUCUAUUCGGGUGAUACUCAGAAGAUAGCACAAGUCCAACUGAACUUCAUGGAAGCUGAGAGACAAGGUUUGGAGAUGCCACAUUUGAUUGCUGAACCGUCACUUGCAGAACUUGUACAUCGUGAAUAUAAGACAAAGAAGGAGAGUGUAGAAGAAAAGCAUCGUCGAGAAGUAUUAGAAAAAUAUGGAGGAGAAGAAUAUCUUCGGAAGCCAUCGGAUGAGCUCAAUCCUCAACAGUCUGAAUUAUAUAUCGAGUAUGGUCCUGAUGGACGUAUCAGAAAGGGACUAGAAAAAUCUAUUCCACGAAGCAAAUAUGCGGAAGAUGUUCAUGAAGGUAAUCAUUCGUCGGUUUGGGGCAGUUUUUACAAGAAUGGGCGAUGGGGUUAUAAAUGUUGUCAUCAGACAGUUCGACGUUCCUAUUGUACAGGAACAGCAGGAAGAGAUGCAGAACAUACAUCUGAAGCGAUAAUGAUGGCAGCAACUGAACGUUACUAUGAAAACAGGUUACAGGAAGAUUGUACUCAAUAUUUUAAGAAGAAUUCGGAAAAAGUUUCAGAAUCACAAGGAUCAAUGAAUGACAACAUGAAAAAUGCAAAUUUAGAAAGUCACUUUAGAAAGGAAGGAACCAAGUCCAUCAACAAGUCAUAAAUAAACAACUAAGCAAUUGUUCGCCAUAAUGACGUGCCCAUU